CCUGUGCGGAUUAAUCCGUGUAUGUGAGCAGGCUCUGCUUGUCAGUCAGACUUUGAACGGUGCACUGGCGCUCAUCACCGCUAAUCUCCGGCCACUGCUUGUCAUCGGCGACGCUGCCACUGACACUUAUCGCCGCCCAAACUCAGAUAUCCAGAUUAGGAUGAACAGUUGGUGAGAGCGGCUGGAAACCCGAGGGCAACACCGCAGGGACCGAGCUGCGAUUACACGCUAGCUACGCCGUUUAACAUUCACGUUACUCGGGAGUUGCGAUGGUCCAGUCAAGGGAUAUUUUUUUAGCCUUGCUUCUCGUGGGGUGCACAGUUUCGUUGGAAGUACAGAUCACACCAAGUCACGGUGAGAUUAGUCUUGGGGAGUCCAAAUUCUUCGUUUGCGGAGUUGUAGGCGUUGCCAAGCACAUAGACUGGUUUGGGCCGAGUGGGGACAGGAUAGAACCAAACAAACCAGACAUAACGGUAACCCGUAACGAUGAGUCAUCCUCCACCCUCACACUGUACAAAGCCGGGGCUGAUAAUGCAGGGACGUACAAGUGCGUCGCUACCAGUGGAGACCAGCACGCAGAGUCAACUGUCAACGUGAAAAUCUUCCAGAAAAUCACCUUUACAAAUGCGCCGUCGCCUCAGGAGUUUACAGAAGGAGACAACGCCAACAUUGUUUGUGAUGUCGUCAGUUCCCCUCCACCCACUGUCAUCUGGAAAUAUAAAGGAGCCAAAAUACAGAUGGAGAAAGAUGUUCGUUUUAAGUUACUGAGCAACAAUCACCUUCAAAUCCGCGGCAUAAAGAAGACAGAUGAGGGCCUGUAUACCUGCGAGGGGCGCCUCGUGGUCCGCGGCGAGCUUGAUCUGCGGGUCAUCAAGGUCGUCGUGAAUGUGCUUCCGACCAUCAGGGUAUGGCAGUCUGAGGUAAACGCCACAGCAGAUGUUGGGCAGCCUGCCAUGCUGACUUGCGCUGUUGAUGGCUAUCCUGAACCCAUGGUGACCUGGACAAGGAAUGAAGUUGUUCUUGGGGCGGGAGAAAAGUACAGCUUCAAUGAAGAUGGUUCAGAAAUGACAAUAAUGGAUGUUACCAAACUGGAUGAGGGAGAUUACACCUGCAUUGCCAAGAACAAGGCUGGGGAGAGUCAGCACGAGCUGAGCCUGAGAGUGUUUGUCAAACCCAAGAUCACAUACAUCGUAAACCAGAGCACAUCAGAGAUGGAGGAGCAGGUAACGCUUACCUGUGAAGCUUCAGGGGACCCAACACCAACCAUCAGCUGGAGCUACGGUGAGCACGUCUUCACUGAAGGAGAGCAGGCACAUCUAAACAGGAUCUAUCAGGCAUCAUGGACUCGGCCCGAGCAGCACAAGAGUUUGGAUGGGAAUGUGGUGGUGAGGAGCGAUGCUCGCGUGUCCUCCCUCACGCUGAAGUACGUGAAGUACACGGACGCGGGUCAGUACCUGUGCACGGCGCGCAGUGCUAUAGGAGAGGAUGAGCAACCGGUAUAUCUGGAAGUCCGCUAUGCCCCUAAGAUACACGGAUCAGUGGCAGUGUAUACCUGGGAGGAAAACGCAGUGAAUAUCAGCUGUGAGGUCAAGGCUCAUCCCAGUGAAGUGUUUAUUGUUUGGCUGAGAGAUGGACUGCAGCUCCCAAACUCCAACACCACGAACAUAAAGAUCUUCAGAGCCGCCGCUGCCAGCUACCUGCAGAUAACCCCAGAGUCUGAAAAUGAUUUUGGGAGCUAUAACUGCACCGCCUCAAACGAGAUGGGGACAGAAUCAAAGGAGUUCGUCCUCAUUCAGGCUGAGGUGCCAUCGGCUCCAUCCAUCAGCGAGGUGAGGCCCUUUUCCACCACGGCACAGAUUCAGUUUGAGGAGCCCGAAGCCACUGGAGGUGUUCCCGUUCUGAAAUACAGAGUGGAGUGGAGGAUGCAGGGCAGGGUCAGCUGGGCGCACAGGGUCUACGACGCCUACGAGGACGGCUCAGCCGGCGAGGUAACCAUCACGGGGCUGAAGCCAGAGACCAGGUACGAGGUGAAGUUGUCGGCCAUCAACGGCAAGGGCCAAGGUGAAAAUAGCCCCUCUGAGUUCUUCAAGACGGAGCCUGUCCAUGGUAGUUUUCAUUUGUUCACUGAAGACACAGGAAAUCCCAAUCCCCCUAAGAUUGAAGGGGUUCAUCAGUUCAAAGGCAACUCCCUCAAAGUCAGCUGGAUGAAGCAGGACGACGGUGGCUCUCCCAUCCUACACUAUCUUGUCCGCUACAAACCAAUACAAGCAUCAGAAUGGAAACAAGAGCUCCGGCUGCCCAGUGGCAGUGAGCACGUGGUCCUCAGUGGCCUCGAAUGGGACACAGAGUACAACGUCUACGUGGUGGCAGAGAAUCAGAAGGGCAAGUCCCAGCCAGCAACCACGUCCUUCAGGACGUCUGCAGAGCCUGAAGCCAUCCCAGCAGAUUUGGGCGGCGAGGCGGCGAUGUCCAUGGGCAUCGUGAUCUGGGCCGGGAUCCUGGUGGUGGCCUUUCUACUCCUGCUGCUGGCCGUGGACGUCACCUGCUACUUUGUCAAUAAGUGUGGCCUCAUCAUGUGCCUCUGUGGCAAAUCAGGAACGGGGACCAAGGGACACAACCUAGAAGAGGGCAAGGCAGCUUUCAUGAAAGACGAGUCCAAAGAGCCAAUCGUGGAAGUCAGAACAGAGGACGAAUGCACGGCCAACCACAACGCGGCCGGGCCCACGGAACCCAGCGAGACCACGCCCCUGACGGAACCAGAGCUGGCGGCUAACACUGCUGCUCUGGCACUGGACACCCUGUCUUCCUCUGACACAGCCACUGCGACAAUUGACCCCACUCAGGACAGCCCCUCUAGCGAGACCACUACCCUCACUUGUAGCCUGUCCACCCCGGCCAACGAACCCUCGCCCGCCCCGGCCCCGACUCCAGAGUCAAACACGGCCCCGCCGACCCCCGUCCUCUCUGCCUCUGCCGUUGAAACUAAAAUGGCCCCGUUGGUAGAACAGCGGAGAAGUAGCAGUUCAGAAGAACCACAGGAAACGACUGCUCGGCCCGUGAGCCCCCAACCGGCCAAGGUUCAGAAACCUGGGACGCCGAUUCCACCGAAGCGCAGGCACUCUCCUAAACUCGCGGCUCUGAAUGCUAAGAGCAGCCCCCCGGUGUCUCCACUUGCUGCGUCCUCCUCGUCGUCUCCUCGCACCCCGGACGUCAAGAGAGCGGCUCCCAGCCCACCGGUCACGAAGCCUCCGGCACCGCCGCACGCCGUAGGCUCAGACGUAGAGACGCCAGCGCAGUCUGCCCCCACCUCAGCCACCACUGCCCCCGAUUCUAGAACAGGCGUCCCAGCUCCGAGUGAGUGUAGCCUUAGUACCACCAACAAUAAUAGCACACCCACUGCCACGGAUGCUGCAUCCUGCUCACCUUCAGUUAUCCACAGUGCUCUUACAGUCCAGGAUGCUGAAAAGGCCGCGUGUCUGCCCGUCACCUCUCUUUCUUUUAACCCCGACCCUGUCGAGCUUGAGGCACCGCUCGCAAGCGAUCUCCCCGCCGUGCUCUCGGGCAGGUACGACUUGCUCACCCCCGACACUGGACACGCAGAGCUAGAGUUAGAGCUGACAAACGGGACCGAGAGGCCUUCACUGCCACCCCCAGACCUCAUUAGCUUAGAGAGCCCAUCCUCUGCCCCCUCUCUGCCCAACGGAGACGGCGCAGACCUCCCCCUCUCUGGCCCAGUUCUGGAGGCAUCAGAGACUCUGGCCAAGAAACCUCCUCCUGUCAACGAUGAGAAGAUUUUUUGUGACGAUAAUGUCAAACUGGAGGAGGCGGAGUUACCAAACGCCCUGACGGAGAUUCCUCCAGAACACAACAGUGUCAUACAGACAAAAAUCCCUGAGAACAAAGCAUGAUGGGCCGAGGGCACCCCCCCCCCCAACCCUCCAGCCCAAUCCAAAACAUUCUGCAACAGCAGCGGCGAGUGAGAAACAGCAGGAGUUUGAGUUCCAGUGCCCUUAUCUGCAUAUUGACAACACACACCUGUCCGUUGGUUAGAUCGCACGUCCACCGCGCUUUAGUUUCUGGGUUCAAUCACAAAAUGUUUACUGCACCCAAGGAAUUUAUCCAAGAGUUUAUUUAGGUCAUAAGAGAUUUAUUUUAUUUUUUUAUUCUUACUUUAUUUAACCAGUGAAUAUGAACAAUCUCUUCUCAAUACGAUGGCUUGGUAAAUGUAUGAAAUCUGACUUUUUAUUGUUCUUAAAGUUUGAAUUGCAAUUGCAUAUUCGAUUAUUAGGAUACAUGUAAGAAAAGACUAUAUAUAGAAAUAUAUGAAAAUUAUUUUUCUUAUUUUAAUGAUCUACUGUUUAAAUGUAAAAUUCUUACAUUACUUUUUUGGUUUUGACUCUUAAUUUGUGACAGUCUCAUCAAUCAGCUUGAUCUGCGUGAGACCUGAAACGGCUGUAAAGUUUGGUUUACGAAGGUUCACUUUGUCUGUUGAGGGAUGUUUCAUCUCCAGAUAACGCUGGCAUUAAUUAAACCCAGGCCUCAGUGUUUCGGAUUAUAACUAUAUUUGUUAUGGUUAUAAAAAUACAGGAUUAACCCACAACCAGCUGCGGGGGGAAGCAGCGAGCUCGAUCAGAUCAGAGUCUGCCUAUUUUAGGAUCAAAUGUUUUCAGUUUGUCACUGCCUUACCACUGUUAGUCAAGACAUUCAUUAGUAAUAUGUAAUUUUUAUAAAAGGGCAACUGGCACAGAAUGACAAAAAUGUCAGCAGAACUGCUGAUUCUCAGCCAAGGGUUUACGAACUGUGAAUCAGGCGAAUGUUUCAUGACACCAAGCUAAAUAUACAACACAUAUCUGUUUAGGGAAGCCAUUGUUUUUUUUUGUUUUUUUUUUUUAUCCCUCACCUCAAAUCAAAUCACAGGUCUGGCUUAAUACUUUGAGUUGUGCUUUUAAGACAAACAAACAAACAAAAAUAACAAAUAUUAAAAAAAACAAAAACUUUUUUGUACUAUUUAAAAAACUACAAAGAUUUCUUUUCCAUUUCCUGCCUGCAAGCUUGUGCACUGUGCCUGUGUGUCAGUAGACUGUCUUGUCAUCAGUUUCUAUGAUAAUCUGCGUAGCUUUGUCGUGAGAGGUUUAGCAUCUUCUUUUAUUCAGUAUUGUAUUAUUAGAAGCAAAGUACGAUAAAUGGACUAAUGUGGUCAUUAUAACACGUGUAGUGUAUCAAACUGUCACAACACUAUAUAUUGCCAGCUAUAGUGAAGGCAGGUGUUUUGAGCCUUGGCAUGAAUUCAGUGAGUACUUUAUAACGUAUAACUACAGGGCAGAUAGACGUGCCCGUGUUUGUUUAGGGCACAGUUCUCAUACUGAUUUGAGUGUCACCUUUUGGGGCUUGUUCUGACAUAACUACUACAACUUGUUUUUAUUUCUCCCCCCUAAUUGUUUAAGUGUUCUGUAAUGUGGUCUUUCGGUUUCUUCUUUUUUUUUUUUUUGCAAAUUUUUGUCUUUUUCGUACAAAAUUCACUCACGGUGAGCGACUGCUUGACGGAAGCAGUGUGGUCCACCUGAGGGAGAAGGUCAGACUUUUUUAAACGCGUUCGAUGUAACAUUCAGAGAACUGAGCUGACCACCUCGCUCCCUUGUCUCUAGCUGUUCCUUUUAUUGGGUCAAACUCAGAAAAUAUCUGUUGUGUACGGUCUGAGUGCUAACCCAUUUACAAAAUAAAAAUGGUUUCUGGAUCUAA